ACAACCGAUUGAUAAGCUCGGCUCGGCUUCCUUCUCCAUCCAGAGAGCGUAGUAGUAGACUGCCGAGCGGUUGCAGCGCGGUAUAAGUGGUCGGCGAGAGACCGGAGACUCGAGAUUCGCGUCGCGGACACACGUUGCUGCUGCUGUUCGAGAGUAAAUAAAUAACAAUCGCCAUGUACACGUCCCUGCUGCAGCUGAGGUCGGCCAGCUGUCUCGGCGGUCUCAGGAGGUACUCGUCCGGCAAGCAUCUGCCUCUAUCCCUUCACCCUGCUGCGGGUAACCGAGUGGACCUGCGUCGGGAGCUGCAGACGGGCGAGCGUCCGCGACGAGCAACCUUCACGGAGCGCAACCAGCUGAAGUACGCCCGGAGGCUGGUGGUCAAGCUGGGCAGUGCCGUCAUCACGAGGGAAGACGAGCACGGUCUGGCGCUCGGAAGACUCGCCAGCAUAGUCGAGCAGGUGGCCGAGUGCCAGAACGAGGGCAGGGAGUGCAUCAUGGUCACCAGCGGAGCCGUGGCUUUCGGAAAGCAGAAGCUCGCUCAGGAACUGCUCAUGUCCCUGUCGAUGAGGGAGACGCUCAGUCCCGCCGAUCACACCAGGGAACACGCUGCCACGAUGCUGGAGCCGAGAGCAGCGGCAGCGGUUGGCCAGUCCGGCCUGAUGUCCCUCUACGACGCGAUGUUCGCCCAGUACGGCGUGAAGCUCGCCCAGGUCCUGGUGACCAAGCCGGACUUCCUCAACGAGGAAACCCGCAAGAACCUCUUCAGUACCUUGAGCGAACUUAUCAGCCUGAACGUCGUGCCCAUCAUCAACACCAACGACGCGGUAUCGCCACCGCCGCAGGCCGACGAGGAGAUCGCCGGCAGCGGAGGUCGCCGUGGAAUCGCUAUCAAGGACAACGACUCCCUCGCGGCCAUGCUGGCGGCCGAGGUUCAGGCGGACCUGUUGAUCCUCAUGAGCGACGUCGAUGGAAUUUACAACCUCCCGCCCUGGCAGGACGGUGCCAGGAUGCUGCACACCUUCAGCUCGGACCAGAGGGGAUCGAUCAAGUUCGGAGAGAAGAGCAAGGUCGGCACCGGUGGCAUGGACUCGAAGGUCAACGCUGCCCUCUGGGCGCUCGACAGGGGAGUCAGCGUGGUCAUCUGUAACGGAAUGCAGGAGAAGGCCAUCAAGAGUAUUAUGGGGGGAAGGAAGAUUGGAACGUUCUUUACCGAGACCACCAGCAGCUCGGCACCCGUCGAGGUUAUCGCGGAGAAUGCCCGCGUGGGUGGCCGAGUGCUCCAGUCUCUGCUUCCGGAGGAAAGGGCUAGCUGCAUCAACACGCUUGCCGGACUUCUGGAGUCGCGUCAGAACGACAUUCUCGAUGCUAACGGUAAGGACCUCGACGACGCUCGCAAGACUGGUUUGGCCAAACCUUUGAUGUCGAGGCUGUCGCUGACACCCGCCAAGCUCAAGUCGCUGAGGGACGGCCUGAGACAGAUCGCGGACUCCUCGCUCACCAACGUUGGCAGGGUUAUCAGGAGGACCAAGUUGGCCGAUGGACUGGAGCUGAAGCAGAUCACUGUGCCCAUCGGAGUGCUGCUGGUUAUCUUCGAGUCGAGACCCGACAGCUUGCCACAGGUCGCAGCUCUGGCGAUGUCCUCCGCGAACGGUCUCCUCCUCAAGGGAGGCAAGGAAGCCAUGCACAGCAACCGCUUCCUCAUGGACCUCGUGAAGGAGUCCCUCAGCUCCGUCGGAGCAGCCAACGCCAUAUCCUUGGUGUCCACCCGGGAGGAGAUCGGCGACCUUCUCUCGAUGGAGAAGCACAUCGACCUAAUCAUCCCGCGAGGCAGUUCGGAACUAGUCCGCAGCAUCCAGACCCAGUCGAAGCACAUCCCGGUACUCGGCCACGCCGAGGGCAUCUGCCACGUGUACGUCGACAAGGAAGCCGACCCACAGAAAGCCCUGAGGAUCAUCCGCGACUCCAAGUGCGACUACCCGGCCGCCUGUAACGCCAUGGAGACGCUCUUGAUCCACGAGAGCCACAUGACCGACAACUUCUUCACGGACGUCUGCAGUCUGCUGCAAAAGGAGGGGGUGAAAAUCUACGCCGGACCGAAGCUCCGCAAACUGCUGACGUUCGGUCCGCCACCGGCCAACAGCAUGAAGAUCGAGUACGGCGCGCUGGAGUGCACGAUCGAGGUGGUCUCUAGCCUCGAAGACGCGGUGAAUCACAUCCACAAGUACGGAAGCGGACACACCGACGUCAUUGUCACGGAGGACCAGAGGAGCGCGAGUUACUUCCAGCGCGAGGUCGACAGCGCCUGCGUCUUCCACAAUGCCAGUACCCGAUUUGCCGACGGCUAUAGAUUCGGCCUCGGCGCCGAGGUCGGCAUCUCGACGGCGCGAAUCCACGCGCGUGGACCGGUAGGUGUGGACGGCCUUCUGACGACCAAAUGGGUGCUGAGCGGUGACGGCCAUGCGGCCUCGGACUUCGCUGACGGCGGCUCGAGAACUUUUGUGCAUCAGAGCUUGCCGCUCGACGACAAGGCGUGAUACCGAUUUUUACGCGCUUGUAGGAAACGUUCUCUUUUUUAAUUAACGAUCGCGCUAUUUAUUCGACACAGUUGCUCCGCCGACGACGAGCUAUCACUGGGACCAAGAAUAAUCCUCCGCGAGAGGUAGAUGUACAUUUUAUUACUUUCUGCGCGCAGUCCGAGAUCUGACGGACUCGGAUGAUAAUGUAUUAAGAGCGGCGAUGUGCGUUGAGAUUCUUAACGAUUUUAUGUCGAUGUUGUUACUGUUAAGGUGUGUAUAUACUCUCUCUCUCUGUCUUAUAGUAUUAAUUAAAUGAAAUUCCUUUGUUUAUAAA